UAUAGCGUUUAGGUAGUAGCAUCGUUGCAACCGUGUGCAUAAGUGAGUAAUUGUUGAAAUAAACGAAUAACGACAAAAAUUACAGUCGUGAAAUGGAUAUACUUAAAGCAGAAAUCGCAAGGAAGAGGAAACUCAUCGAGGAGAAACAGCUUGUUGACGACUCGAAAAAAUUCUUCAAAAGGGCUGAUCUUGCACGGAAGGAACAAGAAGAUUACUUCAGAAGAUGUGGAUAUAAGGUUCAGAGAGAGACUCCUGAGAGCCAGAUUGAUAAGAAGGAGGAAGAUGAGCCAUCCACCUCAGCUAAUCCAGUGUUAGAACUGGAACUAACAGAAGAGAAACUGCCAAUGACACUGUCUCGACAGGAGGUAAUUCGACGGCUUAGAGAACGAGGGGAACCAAUCCGAUUGUUUGGAGAGUCUGACUAUGAUGCCUUCCAGAGACUCAGGAAGAUUGAGAUUCUGACGCCAGAAGUAAACAAGGGCUUAAGGAACGAUCUGAAAGCUGCCAUGGACAAGAUCGACCAGCAGUACCUGAAUGAAAUUGUUGGAGGAACAGAGCCAGGAGAAUUGGACACGCAGCAUGACCUGAAAGUACAUGAAGAAAACACCACUAUAGAAGAACUGGAGGCUCUUGGUAAAACCCUGGGCACAGGAGAUGAUGAUGGAGACCAGGAUGUUAUUGACAAGUUUUUGAGGUUUCUUCUUGGUGUUUGGGCCAAGGAUCUGAACAGCAGAGAGGACCACGUGAAGCGCAGUGUCCAGGGCAAGCUGGCCAGUGCAACACACUCACAGACAGAGUCUUACCUCAAACCCCUCUUCAGGAAGCUCAGGAAGAAGAGCUUACCGGCUGACAUCAAAGAGUCAAUCACAGACAUCAUUAAAUUCAUGUUGGAGAGAGAAUAUGUCAAGGCAAAUGAUGCCUAUCUGCAGAUGGCUAUUGGAAAUGCUCCUUGGCCUAUCGGUGUGACCAUGGUGGGUAUCCAUGCCCGUACUGGGCGAGAAAAGAUUUUCUCCAAACAUGUGGCCCACGUUCUCAACGAUGAGACGCAAAGAAAAUACAUUCAGGGACUGAAGAGGCUAAUGACUAUCUGCCAGAAACACUUCACGACUGAUCCAUCAAAGUGUGUGGAGUACAAUGCUCUUUAACUUAAAAUUUCACUGUAAUCUAUGCCAUGGCUGUCAGGUCCAUCGUAUCACUAUCCAAAAUGGGAAUUUUUCAAAGCAGCUCAGUCAUGGGUUCUGGCAUGACUGAGGUGGUGUUGUGGCAGACAUGUCUCCAAACAUUGUAUACCAGAGGCCUUCAAGUACACAUACAUUUCACAGGAAAAAUGCAUAAUUUAAAUAGAAUUGGGGUAAGUCUGAAUUUUGCAAACUUAUAAGUCAAAUAAAAAUAUCUCAGAUUUAGCUGGAGAACGCUUAACAGCCCUUGAUUCUCAUUAGACUUGUCUUUGUGAACUACUGGGACAGCUGAUGCACCUGUCAUGCCAUUAAUAGUCACCAGUCUCAGUCCUUCUGAGAACAUUUAUGUUUAUGGAUGCUCAGAGGAGGCAAAACCAUUUCUGCAGGAAUAUUAAAAAGCAAAAGGGUUAAACUUUAUUUACUGCUCUUGGUCUAGGCUGUAAAAUGAUAUUCCUUUUAAUAUUGGCUUACAUGCGUUUUUCAAAGAAAUAUUUUUGAUGAUGUGGCAAGCAAAGUGUCAUUUGUGAAGCAAGAUCCAGUAGUGUAAGUUUUAUUACACCCGAGAUGUUAGCGCUCUUUACACUAUUGGCAUGCCAUAACCACUGCAAAGUCAGUUUUAUGUGUAUGUUUGAGUUGUCAUGUUUUCAGCAGAUAAUGAAACCAAUCAGUGUGUCUCUGUACAGUGAGAAAAUAAAGUGUUGUUUUAUUAAACCAACAACAAUCCUGA